AUGCCCGUUGUAUCAGUAAGUACAAGAUUACUUUCUUCUCAUUUAAACAAAGAAGUAACGAGUGAGUGGUUAGAUGAGCUUUGUUUUAACUAUGGUUUGGAGUUGGAUUCUAUAGAAUUUGAUGAGGAGCUAAAAGAGAAUGUAGCAAAGAUCGAGAUUCCUGCGAAUCGGCCUGAUAUUCUGUGCUUGGAAGGCCUUGUAAUUGCACUGGGUUGUUUUAUAGGUAGCUCGGAAAUUCCCCUAUUUAAUUUGAAACCUAGAAAAAGUUAUCAAAAGAUGAUUGUUAGACAAAAUGUCGUCAAAUUACGUCCUUUUAUUUUAUGUGCUGUAUUAAGAGACCUCAGUUUCAAUGAAGAUAUUUAUAAAAGUUUUAUUGAUUACCAGGAGAAGUUACACAAUAAUAUAUGUAGGAAGAGAUCUCUGGUUUCGAUUGGUACACAUGAUCUUGACAAAAUUGAAGGCCCAUUUUAUUAUGACGCAAAACCACGUAAUGAAAUUCAGUUUGUACCUUUGAUUGGAACAACAAAAGUUGAUGGAAGUCAGUUAUUAGAUUUACUAAGUAAACAUCAACAAUUAAAAAAAUAUGUCCCACUGGUAGAAAACGAGAUUUUACUGCCAGUUGUUACAGAUAAAAAUGGAAUUGUAUUAUCCGUUCCUCCGCUAAUCAACGGAAAUCAGAGCAAAAUUACCUUGGAUACAAAAAAUGUGUUUAUUGAAGUAACUGCAACGGACUACAAUAGAGCCUACAUAGUUUUGAAUCAAAUUGUUUCUGCUUUCUCACUUUAUAGUAAAAGUAAAUUUGAAAUCGAACCGGUUAUUGUUGAAUAUGAACAUUCUGUAUAUCCCCCAUUUCCUCACAAAUACCAGAUUUUGUCAAACGGUAGUUAUCAAAUAAUAACCCCAAAUAUCGAAAGGUUAGAAUUUGUAAUUAAGGCAUCUGAUGCAUCCGAUCUACUUGGUAUCAAACCAAUUUUGGAUACAAAUGUAACUCAAGGUUUGCUUCGCAAAAUGAUGAUAGAUUCGGAGAUUAUUAAUAAAGAGGAUGGGAUUUUGAAGUGUUUUGUUCCAAUUAAUAGAUCAGAUAUAUUACAUCCAGUUGAUAUAAUUGAGGAUAUUGGAAUUUCUUAUGGGUUUAAUAACAUUCAGUUGAAAAAGUUGCGUUUUUGUGAUCUUGAUAAAUUAAACUUAAUGUCAGAACAAGUAAAACGCGAGCUCUCUCUUUUAGGAAUUUCAGAAGCUUUAAACUGGGCUCUUUGCAAGCAUUCUGAUUGUUUUGAAAGUCUAUUUAGAGAAGAGAAUAUUGGGUUGAAAAAUUUACCAGAAAACGAGUCGCAUUAUAGCUUAAACUUUCCCUCAGUUGUAGUUAAAGAUGCAAAAACGAGUGAAUUUGAAAUUCUAAGAACAACACUCAUUCAAUCUUUGUUAAAAACAAUGGCUUCUAAUAAAAGUUUACCACUUCCACAAAAAGUAUUUGAAGUAGGCGAUGUCGUCAUUUUGGACGAUAAUACUCCAUCAGGAGCUAGAAACGAUAAAAGAGUUGCAAUAGCAUAUUGUAAUUCAAAUGGUAGCGGGCUUGAAGAGAUCCACGGGUUUCUUGACCAAUUAUUAAGCAAACUGGGCCUUGUUGCAAAAUACUCACUUGAUGAACCCAAUGCAAUACACCCGAAUAUUAUUGGCAUGUAUUCUCUUUGCGAAGUUAAUGAUCCCACUUUUUUACCAACCAGAAGUGUUCAAAUCAAUAUUCAAAAAGUGGUACUUAAAGAUUGUUUCAAGAGUAUUGACAUUGAAAAAACAAUGUUAAAUAAGCAAAUAGUUAUUGGGAUUAUGGGCGUUAUUCACCCCAAAGUGUUAAGCAACUUUUCUCUAACUCUUCCAACAAGUAUGCUAGAGUUAAGGCUCGAACCCAUUAUGAAAUGGUGGCCAGAUACAUUUUUCUACGAUGAAUAA